AUGUACAAGAAACCACAGCGACAACAACGACCACAGCGACAACAACGACCACAGCAAACAACCCAAGCGAAUCGGGGUGCGUCGCAACAUUCAAAAAACCCUGAUGAGCCGGCUGUUGAGGAAAACAUUAUAAUACCAAACCAGCGUUUUCAUUGGGAAACUCAGCAGAAAAAACGAGACAAAGAAGCGAAAAAGUUGGCUGGAUGGUUUGAUAUCGAAGAGAAGGAACAUCUCAAAACAUACCCAUAUCGUCCACUAUCACCACGUAAUUCAACAUGGAAAUCAUACAUUGAAUAUCGCAUUAAAAUGUUACGAAAAGGAAUGGCAGCUUAUGCGACGCGUGAAUAUGCACGACUGGAUUUAGACCAUUACAUUCGCUCGACCAGAGUAAAUGAUCAAAUUGCCGUGUGUGUGACAAACAACAAACCGUCGUUGGUUCAAUUUGGUGCUUGGGCGAUGAAACCCGAUCGACCGUUUGGAAUAAAAAAGCGUAAAAGAUGUCCGGGAUCGCGUAAGUUUCGUGUGAGCAUUAAGAAACUUGGACAUUCAGAAGUUGAAAUGCAAGAUGAAUGGGGAACAUCACAAACAUGCGCGAAUUGUCAGGAACGUUUUCCAAGGCACACAAAAGAUGAUCGAUUUAAAGUGUGCUACGAUUGUAGAGCGAAAAAGAUUGAUGGCCUGCCAGAUUCAGUCGCUGGACUGCCAGAUAUCAUUGUGUCAACGGUCAACAGACGUGUUUUGAGAAGAAAACGUGCAAUUAUUAAGCGACAAAUUAUCGAUGGCAAUCGUGAGGCUGUGAACGAAAAACUUCGGACUGGGCGUUUAAUGUCAAAGGUUAAAGUUACCUACAAAAAUUGGCCAUUAAAUGUUGAUGAUGAUGAUGUUGUUCCACAAACAGUUACUUGGCACCGAGAUAUUGUUGCAGCAAAAUGCAUUAUGCUCAAAGGACUUUGCCGGAUCUUUGAUGUACCAUUGCCAGUUUCAUUGUUAAGACCGCCGGACUAAAACAACAAUGUCAACUAACAAACAUCAUCAAUUAAUCAUACAUUCAAAAAAUUACAUAAAAUAAAAUAUUUUAACUAUUAUAGUUAGCGUAGCUAGACAUGAACAGACUAUAUAAAGUCUUGUGGUCUAGUUGUACAAUAGUACAACAUUGUACGGAGGGGGAGUGCCCGUAGGUGAGUAAAGUUUUUAAUUUAAAAAAAGUAUUUUAUACCCAGUUCAACUGAUACUAAUGGUUGUCUUUCCCUUUUUCCAUGUUUUCACACCUGAAUGUUCCACCAUGCCAAACCUAUGGAAAUGACUGAAACUACACACGAAUCUAACAUUAAUAGGCAUAACAUGGGACGGUUUUGCAAUUUUUUUUGCCUAAAUCAAGAGAACAUAUUACAAAAUAAGUUGUUUUAAAUCCGAAUUACUUUUAUCUUUUUUCAAUCAUUUUGGUAUUGAUUGAAACCGUUAUUACUGCAAAAAUUGGUCACAAUCAAAGGUGGCGAAGCAAAGAAGAGGAGGAAAAGACAAAAACAACCAUAUCAGUCACUGUAUUAAAUGUCCAAAACGAAAAUG